UUCUCGCUACAGUCUUCACGCAAGCCACGAUUCUUGCUGAAAAAAAAUAAAAUAAAUAAAACUGUAGCCUUGCGUUGUGUUGCGAAGUCACAACAGAUAGCGAUCCAAGCACGUGUUGUUUUGCCAGAGCGGGACUGAGUACAGACAGCAGCACCAAGGCGGCUGUCCUGCACACGUAACAAGACAUUGCAGGUCCUGAGGUUUUGGUCGGCAAGAUGUGUGUGUGUUCCUGGCCGCCUAGUGCGCCGCCAUUACCGCCGCUCCCCCGCUGUUUGUUCCCGGGAUGUGCCGCCCACUCGUGUCCUUCAGGUCAACACUCGCUAGGGAAGAUAUUGAGGGUUAGUGCAGCCCAUCUCUCAUGACGAGUUAACCUUAGCGUGAGGAGGCCAUUGAGCACGUGUGAAUGGGGGCGGGACAGCCAGGCCCUCCUGCUGCCCUGCUUCCUGCGGCACCCAUCCUGUAAUGAUUGCUUGUAUUACAGGAAUACUGCGGGGCUGACUCUUCAUAAAGAUAAUUGUUCUUCUUGUUUGAUAACGAAACUUACGAGACGAAAAGAUUUGUCUCACUUCACAGCUGUAACUGUGCAGCCAAACAAUUGAUGAUUGAGUGCCACGCACUGCCUGUGAUCUGUGCUUGUUGAAACUUCGUCAAAGUGGAAAAGUGUGCACGUCGGCGUGGUGGAUCGAAGUGGAGUAGGUGGAGGAGAGGCGGCCCCUCGUGUCGGCUGUUUUUGGCGGGGCCAGCGGAACGGUGGAGCGCGGGGAGGAAGGCGGGCAGCACGCGGCGGGCGGCGAGGGCGAGGCUUCUACCAGCUGCGGGGGUGGCGCAGGACAGGCGAAGGGUGAGGCGCGGGGCGCGGUUGUGGAAGGAGAGGCCGCCGCGGGGGGCCUCGGAGCAGGUGAUUGGAGCAGAGACUCGGGCGGGGAGGUGGAUGUGGUGGCGGCUCACUUCCGGGGCAUGCUCAGCCUCGCCGACGAGGUGACCGACGACUGGGCCUUCCUUAAGGAUUUCCUGGGCCUCAAGCCGCCCCACAUCCGGGACUCUGAGACAGGUGAGCUCACCACGCUCCGCCCGCACGCCCAGAACCACCCCCCCCACCCCCACGGUUCAGGUGGUGCCGCAGCUCACUCCGCCCUCCCCCUCCCCCAAUAUCCGCCCUCCUCAGGGCCUGCUGUCCCUCUCCACUCCCCCACGCCUCUCCCGUGCCACCGCCCUCCACCACACCCCUGCCCUCCAUCUCCACCUUGGUGCGCUACACCCCCGCCUCGUCGCCGUGCGUCAGCAGCGUUGGGUCCGAGAGCCUGCCUGGGCCCGGGACGCAUCUGGCGCCGCCGCUCACUCCAGAGGACGGCUGUCGUAGCCUCGAUACCCUUCCCGACCCACACCAGUUUUCUGACAGCGACUCGAGUUGUGUGGUCCCUUCGGAGGGCAGCGCCUUCCGCUCUGUGGCGCCCUCGCCCGGCGACCUUCAGGACACCAAGCCUUCGCCCUCUCUGCUACGGGACCUGCUGGUGCUCGGCAAGCCGCCCAGGUCACAACAUGACCAGGGUCGGCUGGGCAGCCUGGUCCGGGGCGGGGAGAUGGAGCGAUGGCAGGAGGUGGUGCAGUACUUAGGUCUGCCCAACCCCCACCACACUCAGGCCCCCCACACGCCCAUGGCCGCCCACGGAACCUCACCCACCCACUCCCACGGGCAUGGGCCACCUCUCCACCAUCCGCAUGCCCUCUACCCAUCACAUGAGACCUCGCCGUCCACGCCUGCCGCACCAGUGCCCAGGGGUGUGCUACUCAACAAUGCCACCCUCCCACCACCGAUGCCAGAUCCCAUGACCCACAACAUCACCUACACCAACAGUAUGGGUGCCUCAAGCCAUCUCGUGACAAGCAGCAUGAACCUCACCAAUAGCUCUGAUCUAGCUGGCAGUGACCACAGUCAGUACAAGAUGGAAGCUACUACUACCCUUCCCUCAGAGAUGAUGUACUACCAGAACAGAAGUCUUGAUGGCUUUGAGAUGAAUGACACCACAGACAGACUCAUAUCCGAUGUUCUCUCAGCAGAGAACACAAGUACAGAAAUGAACCAGACAACAGAUGGGCUCCUGUCAUCCAUCCUCAAUGAUGAGGCAUUGGGCCUAAUGGAGAUGGCCAUGAGUGACUCUGGUUGUGCGCUACCUCAGCUGAGUGGUGAGGAUGGUGUGGACGUCUCCAGUGACUCAGCGGUGUCUUCCCUUAGUCCUGACGAGCCCUGGAGCUCACUCGACCACACUACACAGCCCUCAGAUAGUGGCAGUAGGAAUCAGAGUGGAGACUACAACACUGGGAGCUAUCGCUAUGCUGCUGAGGAUCCUCAUCGCAUGCCUUCAAUACCCCUGAAGAAACAACACAUGUAUGGACGAGGUGGAGCAGGAGGCCUUGGGGGUGGAAGCAGCAGUGGGGUUGCUAAUGUGGGUGGAUAUGGGAGUCACUACCCUCAGCCCCCAAGUCUACCAGUCAUGGAGGGAGCCACAGCCCUCGACCCAGCAGAGAUGAAGUACUCCUGCACCAUGGACUUCCGUUCACAAGAAGUGUCAGGGUCUUCUGUGGAGCAUGUGCAGCACAACCAUACUUACCAUAUGUCCCCAGAGGGACCGUCAGGGCUGUCACGACCAACCUCCAGGGACAAACAGAAAAACCGAAAGAACGAUAGUGAACGGACACUGUCCAGAGAUGAGAAGCGAGCCCGGGCCAUGAACCUUCCCAUCUCCUGUGACGACAUCAUCAACCUGCCUAUGGAUGAGUUCAAUGAGCGCAUCUCCAAGUAUGACUUAACAGAGGCACAGCUUUCACUAAUCAGAGACAUUCGGCGCCGUGGCAAAAACAAGGUUGCAGCCCAGAACUGCCGGAAGCGUAAGCUGGACCAAAUUACACACCUGGCUGAUGAGGUGAGGGCCAUUCAGAGUCGCAAGAAUGACCUCUACAAGGAGUAUGAAUACCUAAACCUUGAACGGAACCGUAUCAAGAACAAGUUUUCUUUAUUGUAUCGGCACAUAUUCCAGAGUCUCCGGGAUCCUGAUGGAAAUCCAUACUCACCACAUGAAUACUCACUGCAGCAGUCAGCAGAUGGCAGUAUCCUCCUUGUGCCACGUUCCUCACCAGGUCACUCAGUGGACCCCAAUUCUGGUAAUAAACCAAGAGGCAAGGAUGAUGCCAAGCAGUGAAUUCUGCCUUGGUAGACAAACAUGUGUUAAUACCAUUUUUCCCAAACUCUGCACUUCUCUACCUCAGUGAAACUCAAACUGAGUCUGAAGUACCACUCCUUGACGUGAAGAUCAUUUGGCAAAAGUUUAUGAUUUCCUUUCUGUUCUGUAUAUCUGUAUGUAGAGGCAGUCACUGUCAAAAUAAUUAGUCUGGAGAUGGUUUUAGAUGUUUUGGUGUACACUGUGUAGAGUGUCUUCUAUCUUGUGAGUUAUAGCUUAUUAAGCAUCAAGUUUAAGUUAUGCCUUUGUUGUGCAUUGCUAAGGAACUUGUAUAUAGACUAUAGCAAACUUGAUGGAAGCAAGACUACUUGGUAGUUAUGUCCCCCCACCCCCCAGUUUACAAAGGCUGUGAUGAGAACUCAUGAGUGAAGCACUUUUAUGUAUAGAUCAUGUUGUAUUAUAGUUUUGUAUGUUUUACAUUGCUGUCUUCACAUCCAGUUGGCAUCAAUGUAUGAUUUAUUAUUCAAAAAUUUGUUAUCCUUGAUACCUCUUCAGAGAAAUAAGUUGCCCUCAGCUAUUUUUAGUCAUAACACCAUAGCUGUAUGUCAGUUCUUUAAAGGGAUGGGCAAGUGUGAUUUGAAAUUGUUCGAGUUCCUUAUGAGGUAUUGAAUGCAGGAGAGGUGUAAAUGCCAGCACCUCCAUUUUGAGUAAUUAAAGGUUAAAGUUGGAGAAGGGGCAAUGACAUAAUGUUGUCAUCUAAUAAUGAUUUUCAUACAUCAAUGUAAUUGUCUUGGCUGGUAGUUUUUAGUGAUAUACACAUUUGCUUUAUAAAAGGAGAAAUAAAAUAGAAUAUACAUAAGGAAUAGGCCUGCCUUUUUAGGCCUACACAACAUUACAAAUUAAUUUUGAAAAUUAUGUUAAUGCAUAAACUUGCUAUAGUUAGGUAAUCAACUAUAGAAGUUCUGAUGGCCUCUGGCUCAUACACAAAUUUCUAUUAAUUUAUAAAAUACAAAUGUCAUGCAAAAAUUCAUUGGUAUAAAAACAAAAAAAAUAUGUACAUAACAUGGAUGUUGGCAUUAACUAGAAAGGAAUAAGUGUUUUAAGUUCAAAAUGGUCAUUACUUACACAACUGUUGCUGUUAGCAUAUCAUGGGGUGGAAGGAGGUCAGGAUUAAUAAUCCAACAGCAAAGAGAAGCACAUGCUCUCACCAUCAGGAUAUCAAGGAGACUAAAGCCUAAUGCUCGACAUAAGAUGUGUGUGAUUGGCAGAGAGCACAUUCUCAACACACCCUGGCUAUAAAGUGCACUCUCAUUGGCUGGCCGCUUAUGCCCCACCAGCUACCAACACCAGAGUUGAGAGGAGGUUGGAGAAAGAAAAAGUAGCUGACUUUAGAACUUGGUAUAGAUGAAAUACCAACUCUUUUUGCUUCAAACAAUUAAAAAUCUGGUAAAGAAGAUGUUUGGCAACGAUCGUCAUCCCAUAAGUCAGAAUGGCAAUUUUUGAUGGUCACGCCCCUCCUGCAUUCAACGCCUCUCAUGAAAUAGGGAGGAAACAUGACUCUGAGGAAUCCCUAACAUGAAAUGAUCUCAGCUUGACUUUUGCGAAAUUUCACAUUUACACAUUGUGAUCACUGAGCAGUGUCUAGGGCUGGUGUGCUCCCUCUGGAUUAAGUACUGAGGCUUUGGAUCGCUUGAAUUUUUCACUUCAGCAUUCAAGCUGAUGUUUUAUAAGUCAUGUAAUAGUUCUCAGGUAAAAAAAAGAAAAAAAAGAAAAAAAACUUACUAGUUGACAUUGACUUGUUUUUCACAUUACAAUCAAUGGAAAACAUUAUGACCUGCUUCACUAUAUUUGACAGCCUGUUAUGUUACAGAGACUGUAACCUAAAGUGUACGUACAUGAUUUAUAAACGUUACGAAGAAUCAAAUAAUGAGGUUAUGCACCCCACCAUUUUGCUUGAAGGAGCAAAAGUGAAUAUGGUAAAAUAAGUACAAGAAUAUUAUUUAAAGCAAAUAUUUUUUGAGGUUUAGGACAAUGCUUGUGGUAUUUGGACUCACUCCAUGUGUUUGUAUGAAGUUCACUAUUCAAAACCAUAUAUUAUAAUUUUGCUAUGAUUAAGUUAGACUUUUAUAAACUUUAUGGUAGCAUACCUUUCUGUUAUCUAGAAAGGGGGAUAUAUAUAUAUAUAUAUAUAUAUAUAUAUAUAUAUAUAUAUAUAUAUAUAUAUAUAUAUAUAUAUAUAUAUAUAUAUAUAUAUAUAUAUAUAUAUAUAUAUAUAUAUAUAUAUAUAUAUAUAUAUAUAUAUAUAUAUACACCGAUCCAUUGCCAUGAAGCUUUAUAUAUACUACAUACAUAUAUGUUCACACACACACACACACACACACACACACACACACACACACACACACACACACACACACACACACACACACACACACACACACACACACACACACACACACACACACACACACACACACACACACACACACACACACACACACACACACACACACACACACACACACACACACACACACACACACACACACACCAAGAAGAGUGCAAAUACUAAUAUAAGAGAGGAUGCACUGUUCUGCAACUGCAGGUCUAUGCUGCUUGGUACCAACAUUGUUGCACUUUAUAACCAUAAUACCUCCUAACAGAUAACUGCCUGAAAAUGUAGUCACUGUAGUAUAUAUUAGAGUUUUUAAAUUCUUUCAAUUGAUCUAUGUGGCCUUGCAGCAUCUUCUAGAUGUAGAUGCAGAUAAUUUCUUUUUAUUGUAAUUACAAUUGAGAGGUUAAAUUUCCUUUAAUAGUAAUUUUUAGAAAUACUUUUUCUAAAGCUUGUACAUGAAAUGUCAAUACGUAUAUAUUUACUUGCUUAAGGGUGGGUUUUAUAAAUGGCAAUUAGUUUGGGACUUCAUACACUAAACUUCCCAAACAUAUUGAACGAAUAGUUAUAUAUUCAAAUAGGGUAACUUUAUCAAUUCUGGAUAUGAUAAACAUGCAUAGGUUUUGCAGUUUGCAAGUGAAUUAAAGGAAGCUUAUCCCUAUUUACUAUCUAUGGUUUAUAAAGCUGUGUGUAGUUAUGAUAAAAGCUCAUUCAUGAUAAGUCUACGAUGGCUUGUUCAGUAAUUUGUUUUAACAGAAGAUCAAGUUGAUGGAUAACAUAAAUGUGAAAGUACUGAAAUUUCAUGAUUGCAUAAUAUUAGGGCAGAGUGAACUGUUUAUAUAUGUUGUUUUGGAAAUCACAAUUAGAUACCUGUUGAACAGGCUGAUGAAUUCUUCUAAACUGCAUUAUUUUGUUUUUAUUUUUAUUUAUUUAUUUAUUUAUUUAUUUAUUUAUUUAUUUAUUUUCAUAUUUAUUUAUUUUUUUAUUAUCAGUAUAUCUAUUAUCAUUAAAAAUAAUAAUUUGUCACAUUGUCUAUGAAUUUGCACUGGAGAAUUCCAUCAGGAAAUUGGAGCACAUAGUUGUGAGUGACUCCAUGAACACAGAACACUGGGUAGCUCUAGUGGCAGUGUGUUGGAUUUGUGGUCUUGUGGUUAGGAGCUCAGCUCAAUCUUGCACCUCAGUCUUGGGAUGGACUCUGUCUGGGUCAUGUGACCUUUGUUGCCUGGCUCUUGGGAUUCAAUUGAAAACCAGCAUAACUGUAUCCUUAAUAUUGAAUGAGCCUUUAUCAUAAGUUAAGCAUACAUAUAUACAUGUUAUUUGAUGUAUGUAUACAGCAUAAUGAUAAUAAUACAUGUAUAGAUGAUAUUGCUUGCACACAUCCACCAAAGUGUACAUACAGAUCCUGCUACAAUACACAUACAUUUGAAGUGUGUGUUUCAGUAUAGAACACAAUGCACAUGUAUAUAUUCCCACCACAUUCAUUUGAUCUAUGCAUUUUCACAGUCUUAACAGACACACAUUUUAUCAUCAUGUCUCAAGGAGCUUGGAAGGGUAUUAUUUUAUUGAGAGACCAGCACAAACACACCCCCUUUCAGUCCAUUAUGGUGGUAAACUUGACAGUGCUCACACCUUUCCUCCUGGUUGAAUGUUGUGUACAUAGAUAUAAUACAUUACUUUUACUACUAAAUGAAGAUGAUGAAUGGUAGCAUCAGUGAUUAUUGCCUACUAUGACUAUUCCCUUUUUACUGUGAGCAUGGAAGUGAAGACAGAUGGAUUACUGUGGUGUAUGAAUAGUUAUGAAGAUUUGAUUGGUCAGUGUUUUAAGUUAACUUCCUGUAUAACUUUUGGUUAAGGGAUAAACUUUAUCACAUCUGCUUUCCUGUUUCUAAUGACUCGAGUAAAUAUUUCAAGUGUUACAUUUGUAUAUUUUGUAGAAUUAACUUAAAAUUUGUGAAAUUAUUGAGUGACUAAUGGCUUGCAUAGCUUAUAUUGUAAAAAUAAAACUAACUAUCUUACUAAAUUGUAUCUAUCAAGUAAACAAUAUAAUUUUUAAAUAGAAUUUGAAUCUUAUCUGCUCAUAUGUUUUGCAAAAAUUGCUCUGUGAAGUAAAAGAUAUUUUGAUUUAUCAGAUAUCAGUGUGCCUCCAGUGAGAUAUGGACCAGCAUGACACACCAAAUUCAUCAUAUUAACAACAAUUGUUCACUGAAGUUAUCCAGUUAUUCUGAAAUUGGCUGGUGUUCAUCAUAUUAUAGUCAAGGUUAAUUGGUUCUGGUGGAAUUUCACAGAGGUAGGAGUGACACUGAUUCAUAUGUCAGAAGUUACAAUACAAAAAUAAUUACUCAAGUAUGUGAUUUCCCUUACACUAAUAAAUCUUAAGUUAAUUGAAGUAAUGGCUAUUCUGUUAGUGGGUAAGGCUUUCUUUACUGCAUGUUGAGACCAAGCACAUAAGCAUACUUUACAAAUUCCAACCUAGAUUUUAAGGUAUGCAAAUUUUUGUGACUAAAUUCUUUGACUUGUAUGUAAGGUCCACUGUAUUUAAUUUGAGCUUGUUCUUCACUUCAACUUUGAUACCAACUAUGGAUGCCUGAUAUAAUUUUUUGCCAAGUGGGCCAGAAACUGGUGGCUGCUUCCUUGGUUUCACCUCUUUUGGGAUGUAAAUAUUAUGUUUCCACCUUGACCAUGGAUUAAGUGUUAUAUUUGUUGAAAUGUCUGAAUGAUUGCCGAAGGUGAAGACUGAAUCAGAAAACUGCAAGAGCUUGUAUUUUUAUGUAUGAUAUGGAAAGUGUUUUUAAUAAAACAUAAGUAGA